AGGAGUUCCCAUUUUAAAAUUUUCUGCAUUGACUCUCUGGCCUAACAUUUGGAAAACGUUGUCUCUCCUGUGCUUUGCAUUGUCAUUUUCGCCGGACCUGGACUCAAGCUUUCAGCUCUAUGCGAUGACGCUGGCUGGGGUUCUCGCCAUUCUCUUUCUCCUCCUUGCUCUGUACUGUGGGUUAGACCCUUUUGGGCACAGCCCCAUCGCUGGCUUCCCGGAGUUCGAAGCCUGGAAAGUCGAUUUGCCGGCUUGGUCCGAUGUUCCCACUGACGUUGACGCGGAAAACUUGUUGCAGAAGUCGGAGAUUAAGUUUUUGAAUGAAGUUCAGGGACCUGAGAGCAUUGUCUUUGACCCUCUUGGUCGUGGGCCGUACACGGGCGUCGCUGAUGGGAGAAUCUUGUUCUGGAAUGGGCACUCUUGGACUGAUUUUGCUUAUACGUCGUCCAACAGGUCAGAAAUAUGUAAUCCCAUAGCAUCUUCUACACCUUUUAGUUACGUAAAGAAUGAGCACAUCUGUGGAAGACCUUUGGGACUCAGAUUUCACAAGAAAACAGGUGACAUGUAUAUCGCGGAUGCAUAUUUUGGGCUCAUGAAGGUGGGGCCUGAGGGUGGUUUGGCAACGUCUCUUACAACUGAGGCUGAAGGAGUGCCUCUCAAGUUUACUAACGAUGUAGAUGUUGAUGCAGAAGGAAAUGUAUAUUUCACGGAUAGCAGCACUAAAUAUCCAAGGAGGAAUUUCCAUCAGCUGGUAUUCUCUGGCGAGGAUAGUGGCAGGGUUUUGAAAUACAACCCCGCCACAGGCGAAACCAGUGUUCUUGUCAGGAACGUCCAAUUUCCAAAUGGCAUUUCCUUAAGCAAGGAUGGUUCCUUUUUUGUCUUCUGUGAAGCGUCUAUUGGCAGGUUAAGUAAGUUCUGGCUAAAAGGCGAUAAAGCUGGGACCUCGGAGGUGUUAGCCAUUCUUCCUGGAUUCCCCGACAAUGUGAGAGUCAAUGAGGAUGGAGACUUUUGGGUGGCUCUUCAUUGUCGAAGGUAUAUGUACAGUUACAUAAAUGCCCACUACCCACAGAUCAGAAAAUUCAUGCUGAAGCUUCCUAUUCCAACAAGGAUUCAAUACUUACUUCAGAUAGGAUGGAGGCUCCAUGCAGUAGUUGUUAAGUAUAGCCCCGAGGGUAAGCUUCUGCAGAUAUUGGAGGAUAGUCAAGGAAAAGUUGUGAGAGCUGUGAGUGAAGUGGAAGAGAAGGAUGGUAAACUCUGGUUUGGAAGUGUUCUCAUGCCCUUUGUUGCAGUUUAUGAUCUGAAAUAAAGCGAGGAAACUGGAGGCUGAAUUUUUCUUUCACAUUAUCAAUUAACACUUACACGCGUCUUUGUAGUGUAAGCAACUAGCCCCAUGUAAUAAUCAAGAAGAUACAUUGAGACUUGGUUUUGUCCACUCUCAUUGGGAGGCUUCCCCUUUUGCGUCAUUGUUUACAGUAUGAUUUUUACCAACGUGAAUUUGUAAAUAAGGUUAUAAAAAAGUCUCUAACAAUCGUAACUGGUGGAUUGUGAUCCGGAAAAAGUUUUGACUA